GCAACGUCCGAUCAGCGGGUCAACAUGGCUUUGCCAAAAUUAACCGGCUGGCCUGUAAAAGCCGAUGGACAUCGUUUAACUCGCGCCGUUGGCGUCUGCAUAGUUCUGGAAAAUGUGCGCGGAACAGGCGUUGGCAUCGUGGGGUGACUUGCAACCCCUGCGCUCAAAGAUGUCCCAGAAGACUCGAUCAACCGCUCCGCGGGCGAGCGGCGCUCAAGCCAAGGUUCCCGAAGCUCGCAGAAAGAGCAUGGUCGAAAACAGCGCCGGAAGCAAAGUUCGCAGCGUCAGCAAGGACAACAGGGCCUCCAACCGUCGUGAGAGCGUCAAUCCUCCCGUUCAGAACGCGAGCAAGAGAAGCUCCAGCCAACACGAGAGCAGGAAAGUGCCGGCCCCGCAGGAGACCAACAAGAAGCCACCCGGCCAUCGGGAUGCCAGGUCCACAUCGAGGCAGCCAGAGGUCAGGAAGUCGAACCUCCAACCCGACGGCAAGGCGGUGCCCAGUCGACACGACGGUAAGGCGACCGCGGCCAAUCCGAAGACAUCUUCGCGACCAGCCGCCGGCGUGUCGAAAAACAAGGACGCCCUUACGUCGCGCCUGUCAAACGCUGGCGCGAAGUCACCGAGCCGGGGAAGUAAGGUUACGGCUGAAUCGAGUGGCCAGAGACAUUCGCGGAGCAACGAGAAAGAACGAGAACUGGAGAAGGUCGCAGCGACGUCGUCAUCGAGUGGUGUCUCGGAAAAACGCCCUAAGACAACACACCGCGCAAAGACGAAGGCAACAGACCGGCCUCCUGGUGGCAGCGCUGAGGCUAAGCAAGGUCACGAGGCUGAGUCAGAAGGUUCAUCGCCAGUGACAUCCAGCACAAAACGGUCCUCGCACGCCAGCAAAGUUGAAAAGCCAGAGGAACGCAAGAAAGAACACAAAAGUCCCUACGACAAGGGGGCCACGUCUCACAAGACGGCAAAAGCUGCGCCACAGAAAUAUGCCGCUUCGGAGAAGAAUAAGGACAGCCAGCCUCGGCCACCGACCGCCUCGAUGUCUAAAACACAUCAAACGGUCACAAGACAAGACACAUAUUCCGCGGAGCAAUUGCUGCAGGCUGGCUCGAAGGAAACACCGACGAACGCGGAAGUUGCCAUGGAAACGGAACAGAGCGCUGACAAUGCGCGACCUUCGACGUCUCAUUCCGUAGAAAAGAUUAUGCCCGAUUUCUCAAAGUCAGAAACUUCCAGGACGAGGCAUUCUUCUGUCGCAGAUGACAAUUACGACGAUGAUUUUGAGGAUUACGAGUCUGACUUCGAGAAUGACGAUGGCGUCGAUGACGAGAGCAGUGCGAGCAGCGCCAUCACUGAUAGCAGCAGCAGCGGAAGCGCCCCCGCAAGUGGAAACGAUGAGGCGCCCUCUAGCAAGGAUGCAUUCCGACCAACUAGUGACCGACUGCUGGCGCAGGAGCACAGCGAAGUCACUUCAGAGGUGAAGUCUAAUGGAUGUGGCGAAAUCUCGGUCACACGUUCAACUGUUGCUGUGCAUUCUCGCAGCAGAAGCUCAAGGAGCAGUCCCACUGGAAAUCCGAGCCCGUUCUCGAAGUCGAAGCGAAGCCACCUGCUCCGCUGAUGCCAACUUCCUUCUCGACGUACAGUCUGGUCAGCUACCUGACCGCACAGAAGAAAGAGGAAGAGAAGAAAGUGCUCAGCAAAGCUCAACAGCGGGCUAAGGACGUCUUGGAGAUGGUCUCCCUGGACACCAUGACGUACCAGGUGUUCGACGUUCCACCAAUCACCUACGACGUCUACAUUUCGACAUUUGGCCGGGCCGACGCCAAACAGGUGUUGAUCCAAACCGACCUAGGCGAUGAAGAAGAGUGCCAAACUGAUGCCAUCGAAUGUGAGGACAAAUGGACUCAACAGCCUCCUCACGACUACAAGGGUUUCGGCGGAGGUAA